GCGGGCGCUGCGGCGGUCGCGGCUGCCGCUUCCUCGGGCCAUUUUGCUGUGGCGCGACAGAGAGGAGAAGCUGUCGAGGGGACCCAGGGCUCGGAGCCGCGAUCCCGAGCGGGCGGCGGCCGCACGGACUCCGUCUUUCCGCGGUCGCGGGGAUCUCGAGGGGCGAGGCGAUCGCCGGGAGGGGGACCGGAGAGCCGCGCCCGCCGCGCGGGGCGCCCCUUCCCGCCCCCUGCACCAUGAGCUGGGGCACUGAGCUCUGGGAUCAGUUUGACAACUUAGAAAAACACACACAGUGGGGAAUCGACGUUCUUGAGAAAUACAUCAAGUUUGUAAAGGAAAGAACUGAGAUCGAGCUCAGCUAUGCAAAGCAACUCAGGAAUCUUUCGAAGAAAUACCAACCUAAGAAGAACUCGAAGGAGGAGGAGGAAUACAGGUACACGUCGUGCAAGGCCUUUCUUUCCACCCUGAACGAGAUGAACGACUACGCGGGGCAGCACGAGGUCAUCUCGGAGAACAUGACGUCGCAGAUCACCACGGACCUGGCGCGCUUCGUGCAGGAGCUGAAGCAGGAGAGGAAAUCGAACUUUCACGAUGGCCGGAAAGCGCAGCAGCACAUGGAGACCUGCUGGAAGCAGCUUGAAUCCAGCAAGCGGCGGUUCGAGCGGGACUGCAAGGAGGCGGACCGGGCGCAGCAGUACUUCGAGAAGAUGGAUGCGGACAUCAACGUGACCAAGGCCGACGUGGAGAAGGCGCGGCAGCAAGCUCAGAUACGUCACCAGAUGGCAGAGGACAGCAAGGCAGACUACUCGUCGAGCCUUCAGAAGUUCAACCAGGAGCAGCACGAGUACUACCACACCCACAUCCCCAGCAUCUUCCAGAAAAUCCAAGAGAUGGAGGAAAGGCGGAUCGUGAGGAUCGGGGAGUCCAUGAAGACGUACGCCGAGGUGGACCGGCAGGUGAUCCCCAUCAUCGGCAAGUGCUUGGACGGGAUAGUGAAGGCGGCCGAGGCCAUCAACCAGAAGAGCGAUUCACAGCUGGUAAUAGAAGCUUAUAAGUCGGGUUUUGAGCCCCCCGGAGACAUUGAAUUUGAGGACUACACGCAGCCCAUGAAACGCACCGUGUCCGACAACAGCCUCUCGAAUUCCAGAGGAGAUGGCAAGCCCGAGCUCAAAUUUGGCGGCAAAUCCAAAGGAAAGCUAUGGCCGUUCAUCAAGAAAAAUAAGCUUGUGUCCCUCUUAACAUCCCCCCAUCAGCCUCCCCCUCCUCCCCCCGCCUCUGCCUCACCCUCUGCUGUUCCCAACGGCCCCCAGUCUCCCAAGCAGCAAAAGGAACCCCUCUCCCAUCGCUUCAACGAGUUCAUGAUCUCCAAACCCAAAAUCCACUGCUUCAGGAGCCUAAAGCGUGGGCUUUCUCUCAAGCUGGGCGCCACCCCCGAGGACUUCAGCAACCUCCCCCCUGAACAAAGAAGGAAAAAGCUCCAACAGAAAGUCGAUGAACUAAAUAAAGAAAUUCAAAAGGAGAUGGAUCAAAGAGACGCUAUAACCAAAAUGAAAGACGUCUACCUGAAGAACCCGCAGAUGGGAGACCCGGCCAGUCUGGAUCACAAACUGACAGAAGUCAGCCAAAACAUAGAGAAGCUGAGACUAGAGGCCCAGAAAUUUGAGGCCUGGCUGGCAGAGGUGGAAGGCCGGCUCCCCGCGCGAGGCGAGCAGGCGCGGCGGCAGAGCGGGAUGUACGACGGCCAGGGCGCCCCGACGGCCAACAGCUGCGCGCAGGACCGCGAGAGCAGCCCCGAUGGCAGUUACACGGAGGAGCGAAGCCAGGAGAACGAGGUGAAGGUGCUGGCCACCGACUUCGACGACGAGUUCGACGACGAGGAGCCCCUGCCCGCCAUAGGCACCUGCAAGGCCCUCUACACCUUUGAAGGUCAGAAUGAAGGAACCAUUUCCGUAAUUGAAGGAGAAAUCCUGUACGUCAUAGAGGAAGACAAGGGCGAUGGGUGGACCCGCAUCCGGAGGAACGAGGACGAAGAGGGCUAUGUCCCCACCUCAUACGUCGAAGUCUAUUUGGACAAAAAUGCCAAAGAUUCCUAAAGUGGCGUUCCAGUACCAACCGGCGGCGAGCCUCCCAGGAGCCCCCCGUGGCCGGGCGCUUGUCUCCGCAGGCCUCCCGCGCUGCUGCCCGCUGCCCGGCCUGCUGGGGGCCGCCCUCCCGCCCACCUGCUGCCCUGUCCCCGCCACCCUGCCUGCCUCUCCUGUCCUUCCUACAGCAUGCUACUGUGGCUCAGCGAGCCCUGAGGCCCACGCUGGUGGCCUGGAGGGGACAGGUGUCCCCAACCGCACAGCAGGGGUCAUCCUCAUCCCCCCAGUCCCCACGUGCCCAGGCCAGAAGGUGGCAGCAUGCUGCCCACCUCGCCCCUCCCCUCUGUCCAGGGCCCCAGUCCACCCAUGGUGCCCUGGCCUCCUCGUCAUUUCACACUGUGCCUUUUUGUGAAAACUUCGCCACUGGUCUCCUGGGGCGAGUAACAGAAUCUGAACAAGGAGGACAGGGCAGUCGCAGGGUGGGCUGAGCACCACGUGUCACCCACGCGUCCCCUGGUGUCUUACAUUAGCAGAUGCUUCCUCUCCCAGAGGUGCCUUCCUGAUUGUGGGCUGGCACCUCGUGCUCCACAUGGACCCUGCCCACAAUUCCUGGACCCUCCGGUCGGACUUGGAUGUCCCCCACUCCAGCCACACACACACACUUCAGUUUGGUGCCCUGUCUGCAGAGGCUAGGAAGGUCCACACUGAAAGCCCACCCCAGCUCGUCCUACCCAUGUCCACCUUAGAUAAGGGGCAUCCUGGUUCACCCCUCCUGGUCAUCUUCCUAUCCAUGAUGACUACAGACCACGCGUGGCACUUGGUGGCCGGGUGACUCUCCUUUUGGUAGCUCAUUAUUGCAAAGUGAAACUUCCUCUUCUUCCCAUGAAUCCCAAAAGUAGCACUGUAGGACUUGAGUGCAUUCAUCACCAAAGACCUGGUGCCUCUCGUGGUCCUUUGGGGACCCUGUGGCCGCCGCUUCUGCCCUUGUCCAUGAGCUCUGCCGGCCAUUGGCAGCCACUGCACUUGCCCUUGGACCUGUUUCCUCCCUCCCCUUUCGGAUCUCAGGGGGGAAACCGUGGUCACCUAACCUGUGGCCACUCAGGCCUUAGCAGCACAGCUUCUCCUCUUCCUUGGUGCGGAACAAGUCCUGCCGCGUCUCCCGCCGAGGGCAAGGGCCGCGCUCUAGUGUCCUGUGUGGUUGGUACACGGGGCUCACCUGGGGCACCACAGUUCUUGGUGUUCGUGACAAGGGAGCCUAGCAAGAGCCACAGGGACAGGGAUGGAAAGGACAGGUCCUCGGAGUCAGGCCUGUCUGCUGGUGAUUUGUUCCUUGGAAACCAGGAGAUGACUCCCUGGGCAGACCAGGGGUGACCGCGGACCAGCCUCAGCAGCUCCGUCCCCCUGGCGACUGGAGACCGCAGCAAGGAGAGGCCCGCAAGAGCAGCCCCAGGAAGCAGCGUCAGGGUCAAGUGGAGGGGGAGCAGGAGCCCUGGCUCGCUGUUCCCCAAAACUGAGGCUGAGCCCAGGGCCGGGGACCUGGAGCAUGGCCUCCACUCUCAGGGUGGGCAGCCCAAUCGGCCCACUCCUGGGGGCGCCGGAGGGUGGCUUGACCACAGGUGAGCGCUGUCAGGGCCCAGCCCCGGCUGCAGACCAGCCCUCGCCCAGCAGCCCCACCCCCGCCGUUGCAUGGCGGGCGGCACCUCUGGGACUCCUGGACUUUGCCGAGUCUGGCUGACCACUGACCAUUCCACAAGGAUGCUAAUUUUUUUUAAUCUGAUUUUAGACCCUCCGUAAUGCAUGUGCGUCGUGCCGUUUCACAUCGCGGUCGAGGUAGAUUCGUUUCUUGCAACGUAGGGGGUGAAGUGUCAGCGUGGUUCUUUGUUCCUUUAAUGUCGAGACCCAGUACAGGAUGUGCUCGUGCGCUCUGUGGCCUGUCUGUACCACCCGUGCCCCCAAAGACUGGAGAAUGAGCACUUUCCAAUGCCGUCCCCCGGGGCUGCCUCCUUGCCGUAGGUGCCAACGGGCUUGGGAUUCUGUGAUGCUGAGGUCCUACCGUCUACUCUGGGAAUCCCACUGCGAAAGCAUCCCUGAGACCUUGGAGCAGCUCCCAUGGAGGAGAGAUGUGGGUGCUCCGCCCUCCUCCCUGGCACCUGCUGCCCGUCGUUGCUAGAAUACAGUGUGGUAAGGUAAAAAUGGAUCGUUUUUAUCAAACUUGCUCUGAAAAUGACCUAAAGACAAAGGGAAAGAGAGGAACUUGUCAUUUACCCAGGUUUUUCCUUUGCAGGACGGGGGCGAGGUGGGGGGAGGCGUGGGAAAACAUGCAGGGAUCUUCCUCUGGGUCUGUCCUGCUCAGCCUCGGGCUCAGCCACCGCGUGACCCACACAGCACAGGGGCCGCUGAUGCUUUUCCGCAACAUCUGUCAUCAGAAAGUUCACACAACAUAAAAUGUUACGAUAAUGCAAGGAUUUUUCCAGAAAUUGUGGUUUCAUGUUUCUUACUGGCUCCGCCUCCUGUGCUUUAACACCCCACACGUUAUUUUUAAAAAUGAUCCAAGCCCGGGGCUGGGUUGUGGCUCAGUGGUAGAGCGCUUCUCUAGCAUGUGGGAGGCACUGGGUUCAAUUCUCAGCACCACAUAUAAAUAAAUGAGUAAAAUAAAGGUCAAUGAACAACUAAUAAAAAGAAAUUAAGAAAAAAAUGAUCCUAGCCAGGCAGGGUGGGGCACGCCACCUGAAUCAGGAGGCUGAGGCAGGAGGAUUGCAAGUUUGAAGCCAGCCUUUGCAACUUAGUGAGACCCUGUCUUAAAAUUAAAAAGGGAUGGAGAUAGAGCUCAGAUAAAGCACCCUGAGUUCAAUCUCAGUACAAAAAAAAAAAAUCCACAAUUAUGUUUUAACCCGAUGUCAAGCACCUUUACACCUUCUUGUGUGUGCGUGUGUAUAUGUGUGUGUGUAUGUGUGCGUGUGCGUGUGUGUGUGCACGCACAUGCGUGCACUUACUCUACACUUGGAGGCAUUUCAGUGUUGUAAACGCCCCUUGCCACUGUUAAGGUCUGAAAUUGCCUGUUUUUCCCUGGAAAUGGAAUUAAACCAAAUAAAGUGCUUCCAUUGGAAGGCCCACAUUGACCUUGUAACUAUGUUAAUCUAAAUGUUAAAUAAAGUGUAGCUUCUGGUGUAGCA